AUGCAUGAGUUUGUUCAAUGUUGGAUGCGAAGUGGAAAUUUUAUGGCACUACGUCGCAUAGAAAGAGCCAAUUUCCCUGGAAUGAAAGGCUAUAAUAAACAGAAAGCUAACAAAUGGCUCCUUUAUUUAGAUGCUAAUAAUUUAUAUAGAUGGGCUAUGUCACAAUAUUUACUGACAGGAGGAUUUCAGUGGCUUGAUCUAGACAAACUGCUGGAUAUUCAGUCUAUUUCUCCAACUGCUAAACGAGAACGUCAAGUAGUUAAGCGUUAA